AUGGAAGAUGUUGUCAUGACUGAUGCUGCUGAUGAUGAUGAUGGUGAUGAUGAUGACGAUGAUGUCGGCGAUGAUGAUGGUGGUGGUGGUAUUAGGGCAGAAGUAAAAGAACAACAUGAAGAAGAAGAAGAUGAAGAAGAAGAAGAAGAAGAAGUUGAAGGUCGAUGAUC